AUGUUAAUAUGCACCAGGAAAUUUUUAUCCUACAAAAUUUUGUACUUCGGAGCUUUGACAUUGCUCUGCAUCACCUUGUUAGAUUACGUUAACGAAAACUUUGAUGUUUCAAAUAAACAAUUUAGUGAAGACGAUUAUUCUUACUCUUCACAAAUUAAGAGUUUCUACUCAAAACAUCAUGAAAAAGAAAACGACAACGCUUUCAUCAAAGCCAUAUCCAAAUACGCUAAAACAAUUCCAAAGAAAUUUGACAAUGAAACCGAUCAGAGAUUCAUUAUUUUAGCACUGACUGACAAUGCGUUUUUUGAUAUGGCUCUCAAUCUUUACUUAACGAGUUUCCAAAAAUUUGGCAUCACAAACUUUCUUUUUGUCGGAGUUGGAAAAAUUGCUUGCCAGAACCUGUUGAAUCUCAAUAUUCAGUGUUAUUAUUUCACUGAAGCAUCCAAUUCCAACGAAUCUAUGGCUUAUGGAUCAAGACAAUUUGCAUUGAAAGUUAAUAUUAGGACUGACAUGAUCAUUGAAGCAUUGAAAGCAAAUUAUGUUGUUCUUCAUACGGACGUAGAUGUCAUGUUUUUGAAUAAUCCAAUGCCUUAUAUUGAACAACAGAUUCUAAAAAAUUCAAAUAUGGCUGUCCUUUGGGAUUAUCAUGAAUACAAUUCUGGUUUUUUGGUCAUCAAACCCUCAAAAUUUUCGAUUGAAUUGUACAUGACCAUGCAGGAAAUAACAAACAAGUCAGACUCACUAGACGACCAAAAAGCUCUCAAUAUGGCAAUUAAAUCUUUGAGGACCAAAUACAAAGAUAAUCCUGAAAUUGUUCAAAUUGGCAUUUUAGAAAAAUCGAAAUUUUUAAGUGGCAAGAACUAUUUUGAAGAAGUCGAUCGAAAUUUCCCAACUCAAAACGGCUCCAACAACUGUCCUUCGUGUUUAGUGAUGCACAACAACUGGAUAAAAACCAUGGAUGCCAAAGUUUAUCGUUUCAAGGAAGCUCUUUUAUGGGCCGUGGAUAAAGAUAGAUACUACUCGGAUGAGAAAAGAAAGUAUUUGUUAUACAACAAUCCUUUUCUUAACAAUCCACCUAACAAUUACUCAACAGACAAAGCAGAACUAAAUGCAUUAAAAACCGGGUUCGCUUUAGCUCAGAUGCUCAACAGAACCUUAAUUAUCCCAAGAUUUCAUUGCCAUGGACCGAAAAAUCCCUACGAGUGUUCCAUAAUACAUUGGAUAUAUGUUAAAGAAUUGAAUAAACAAUUUAGCUACAGGGAGAACAGUUUUCUCUUAAAUCCUUUAGUGCCAAAAUCGAUAAGAAAAAUUCGAGGUUGUUCAGAACCAAUUUGGACUUUUAUUGAAACUAAUACCAGUUUAGGAAUUAACGACCUAAUACAAAAUUCGUAUAGUAAAAUUGUGUCGAUUGAUUUGAAAAAUUACACCAAAGUCCCAGAAAAAGUGAUUUUAAAGAUUUUUAGCAACUGUGAUGAUAAAGUUCUCUACGUGGCAUCUCUACUAGGGGUUGAAGUUGUUUUUGAUAGUGCUAACGAAAAGGACAAAUAUUUAUCAUUUUUUUACAAACUAAAAUUAAGCCAAGAAAACCAAUUUAAAACAGCAAAAGAACUGGAGAUGGGAAUCGAACCUAGAGCCAAAGGUCAACUCUCUAUUGCAAUUUAUGGCUUGGCUUACCCUGUGGCAACUGACUUGGCAGCGUGA